GGAUCUUGUUUAAGUUGCAGUUUGGAAGCCACGCGCUGCGCAUGUAUCCUGAGAGAAGAAGCUUCCUUUUAUCGCGGCGGAUUUUUUUUUAAUAAAAUUAUUUAUUAAAUUACAAAUAUUUUAAAAUACUAAUACUACAAUUGUUAAUGUGUUAAUUAAUAAUUAAACUUUAUAAUAAUUAUUGUGUUUUUAUAGACUGUGCCAAAGUGUUAGUGUGAAUUUUUUUCUAUUAUUAUCUACGUCUUUAAAUAAAAUAAUACCCUCAAACCUUACACUGUUGUCACUACUACUACUACCUGAAACGACUACAUCCAACAAGGACAGAUCCAAGAAAAUUUACCGCGUCAUACUUUGUGCCUGACAUUUUUGCACCUGCAUUUUAUUUAAAUUAUCCUGGAAAUGUCAGGUUCCGUCACGUCAAAAGUAAACUUUCAAUAGUAUGCCGCUGUGUAAAUCCAUUAAGUGCUGAGUCUUUCGAAAAAUAUCUGAGACAGACAAUAAAAGAGAUAAAAAUGAGGAAACUGAUGGAAUUGAUAUUUAUGAUACAAUUACUUGCUUAUGGCUGUUACUCUAUGCCAUCUAGUCAAUUGUCUGUGCAAACAAUAAGCCACAGCAGUUCAUCGACAAUAAAAAAUAAUAAUAAUAUUAAAGGAAAAAAAAGCCCACAAAUAAAUAUUUGUAAUCUUGAACAACUUGAAGAACCGAUUAUUUGUAAUUGCGAUGUCAGCAAAAUUGGUAAUGCCACUGAGGCUAAUUGUGUUGUAUUGGAUGCAACAAAACCCGAUGACACAAUAUGGGAUUAUUUUAUGUCACAAGUAUCACUUGAAAAGUUGUCAAUGAAAGUCAGAAUUGGUGGUCUCAUGUCUUAUGUACCGAGUAAAAUAAUUAAAUCGUUGACAAAAUUGAAAAUGAUAAAUGUUAGAUAUGCUAAUUUUGACGAAAUAAGUGAGGGUGCAUUUGCUAACCAACCAAGCGUUACUGUUGUUGACAUUGCUGAGUGCGGUAUCAUGCAAUUGAAAAAACAUUCAUUUGUAAACAUGACUCAGCUAGAUUUUAUCAAUCUCGACGACAAUCAAAUCGUCGAGAUCAAUAGGGAGGUCUUUGUCAAUCUUCCGGUGUUAAAGAAGCUCUUUAUGAACCAUAACAAUAUUACAACUCUUCACGAUCGGGCAUUCAAGCAUUUAACAUCACUUCAGGAACUUGGACUAAGUGACAAUAAUUUACAAGUGAUAACAACUGAACACUUUAUGGGAUUAAAAUCACUCGUUCGUUUGAUACUACGUUCAAAUAAAAUAUCAGCCCUCGGUGAACGGACAUUCAUUGAAAUGCCAGAAUUACAAGAGCUUGAUCUUGAUAAUAAUGUAAUUUCUUACAUAAAUGUCAAUGCAUUUGAAAAAAUGCGCAAUUUACGUAAACUAGUUUUGAGCAACAAUAAAAUAACACAUUUAGCAUCAGAUAUUUUUACCGGCGCCCAAUCUAUUAAUUAUCUUGAUCUACAAAACAACUCACUCGUAAGAGUUACAUUUGACACUGUCAAACCAAUUGUUACAAACUUGUACGGUGAUUCUGGUUACUUAUCUCUCGAUGAUAACAAAUUGGUUUGUGACUGUAAUUUGGCAUGGAUACAAGGCUUGAGAAAUGAAACAAUCAAUCAAAAACUUAAAGACUCGCUUGACUUGUUGACGUGUUUCCUUGAAGUACAGAAUGAUACCCAUCACGCAAGCCAGGCUAUUGAAAAUAAUAAAGCUCGUGUAGCGUCAGGAAAAUUCAAGACUGGGGAAAUUCUCGACGUCAAUAAGUCGAGGGGAAAGCAUAAUAUACAUGAUGCCAACAACAACUACAUGAAUGAUAAUGAUAAUGAUUAUGAUCGCGACUAUUCCGAUUCUACAUCUAAAUUUUUCAAUGGAAAGCUCCAGUUAGUAGACGGAAGAAUGGGCUACAUAAAGCAUCUCUUUGAGGUGAAAGUAGAAAAACCGUGUCCUGAACAUUCUAGGGAUGAUCCAAUGGCAUCCGAGGAGCCCUCAAAUCGACGGGAAAAUGCAGCUGUCGCAACCUCCAAGGCUUCUACUACUUAUGUACAACACAUAACCACGAUGGGUCAAUGCCUUUACUAUCUAACAUCGUUGUUACUCGUCAUCAUAGUCGUCUAAAAUGUGCUGUUUCAUCAUCCUCAAAGGAUCAUCAAUCCUCAAUCAAUCUUCGCGCACAUAUAAUACCAAAAAUAUUAUAUAUAAAAAAAAAAAAAAAAAAGUAUGAUAAAAGAACUACAAGUAAACACAUUAACAAAAUUGUAAGAGCAAUUUUUUUUUUACUUAAUGUUUUUUUUUUUUGCUCAAUUGAAAAAAAAUUGAUACAUACUAUAAGUAAGAAUGUUAUUAAGUAUGUAUUUAAAUUGACAUUGUAUAUGUUUAGUUGUACUCAGUAUAUUUAUAGUUAUAUUUUUCACUUGGCUUGUGUCAUAUUUUUAUUUAAUAAGAUCAUUGAUUAAUUGAACUUUAUAAUAAUUAUAAAGAAUUCAAUUUUCACAAACUUCAUUUCACUUGUAAUUUAUAAGUAUAUAUAUAAGGACAUUAUUUUAUAAUUAUUUCACGAUAAUCAAUAAUAAUAAUAAUUAUUUAUUAAUUAAUUAAUUAAUAUUAAUUCACAAAAACCAGUACAAUGUCCAUUACUAGGAUUAAAAGAUAAUCCUAAUUGAUAAUUUAUCAUGCGGAUUGAUUCGCUGUUUAAUUAAUGUAUUACUUAUACAUAUAAUAUAUAAUGUUUUUAUAAUUCAAUUGUAACAAAAUA